CACAGGGCCCCUUGUUCGUUAAUUACAACCCUGCUCCCUAAGCCGACGCUAGGGGUUCUUGGCCUGCAGAUGAACGUAAAGCACAGUAGGUUACCGGUGCGAAGGGUUGUUAACAUCCAAUAUUGGUUUCACACGAGUGUUUCUUUGUGAAAUGUCGGCGGAUAUGUUUAAAUUGGAGUCACAGUGUGGAAAGAGUUUGCCGAAUCUUUCUUCGAAGGAUUUGAGGGUUACGAACAUCUAUUACUAUCUUGUCAAUGAUAUUUCGGAUCCCAGAGUUUCCAAUUGGCCCUUGAUGUCAAAUCCAUUCGGUGUAACGCUAAUUUCACUCGCUUAUUUGUCUUUCGUCCUUUACCUCGGACCACUAUAUAUGAAGAAGAGAAAACCUUACGCGCUUACCAAAAUUAUGAUUUGCUAUAAUAUUUCCGUCGCAACUGCGAGCGCUGUCAUAUUCUAUGGUAUACUCACGUCUGGUUAUACAACGCAUCUUUCCGUGGGAUGCGAGCCCUUCGUCAUCUCGGACGAUCCCAUGUCGAUCAGCAUGGCACGAUGGGUGUGGUGGGUACUGAUAUUAAAAAUCACCGAGCUCGGAGAUACCGUGAUUUUCGUACUCCGAAAGAAAUACAACCAAACGUCAUUCCUUCAUGUGUACCAUCACACAGCGACUCUCCUUCUGGCUUGGAUCUCCUGCAAAUAUGCGCCUGGUGGCAUGUGGACCUUCAUAAUGUUGCCCAAUUGCGCGGUGCAUGUAAUUAUGUAUAUGUACUACCUGUGCGCCUGCUUGGGGCCGAAAGUACAGAAGAUGAUCAUCCCUUGGAAGAAAUAUAUGACCAGUCUGCAACUGAUCCAAUUCGCUAUCAUGGUGGCCCAUACGUUUCAAGCGCUUCUGCCAGCCUGCGAGCCAACGCGGAAACCAUUAGCAUACAUUUACAUGUCCCAAGUCGCCUUCAUGUUCUAUAUGUUCUUAGACUAUUAUAGGAAGUCGUAUUUGAGAAAAAAGAUAGAGUGAGCGAGCAACCCCCUCACGAUGGCGCGAUAGUUGUCCGAAAGAAGAUGAACUUCGGGAAACUCGCGCGUGUGUGUGUGUGUGUGCAGGUUCCGCAUCGAGAGUUUAAAUGAAUAUUAUAUAUCGAACGAACAAAGUUUCUCUUCUAAAUAAGUUAAUUUAUAGUCAGUUUGAUAAAUAGGGGCGCAUGUGCAGACGAUAACUCGAUAACUUUUAAUAAUAUCAGAAAUGCACAUACAUUUCCCAUGGGGGCCGCAUUAUUUCGACAGUUUGGCGUUAAAAUUGUCAUAUUGAGUUGAUCGGCGCGCUAUAAUAAUAUGCGCACAUGAUUGAUCUAACGAAUGUCUUUUGUACUUUUGUAGUAGAAGAGAUAUUGUUGCGGGGCUUUUUCGAUUCCUCAUUUUGCCGAUAUAUUACGAAGCCACGACGACUUCAUCGAUAAUUUGAUUGCCGCGUCCUUGAUAUCUUCGCGGAAUAAGUAACUAAUAAAAGCAAGAACAGAACAUGGUCCGAAAAUAUUGACCGAGUAACCACGGAAAGGACAAGAUAAACGUAGACGGUGGACUCUCUCCGGCGUAGAAUGAAAUAUCCGUUCGUUUCGACGUGAAGCAGCGAAAGAAAAAGAGUUUAUAAAGAGAAAUAUGCAUGAAACGAGAGUCGCCGUACGCGACGAGAUGAGAUGUGUUACGCCGCGCGUAAUCCUGCCGCGUUACGUCAACUCGGAUUUUACUCGCCGUAGGGUCCGUCGUUCGCCAUCGAGUCCCUUUCUCCUUUCUGAUUUGCCGCGCAUUAUACAAUGUUUCGGAUUACGUCAGCGUCGUGUCAGCGUCGCGGAUCCUCCCGAUAUGCUGGCGUACCUGCACUGCCGUCGCGAAAUUCGCUCGUCCUUUUCCCGCUCGCGUCUUCGUCUGCGUUAUGACACACCGUAUAUCGGGCGCCAACGAGCGCGGUGCUAGCCGUAAAGUAUCAUGAAAUAAUACUUGAGGAAAAUUCUAAUUUCCGUCACGGUUUUUCCGAGAACGUUCGCUCGCAAGCUCGCACGAUCGCUCUCCGUCGUCGUUGUGGUCGCAUCACAAAUAUAUCGCAGCUCUUCUGCUGGAGCGUGUAUAGCCUUCCUUCGCCAUAGCCGAAACCGUCGUAAUGCAACCACAUUGUUUCUCAUACUUAUAUACGCGCGCGCGCGCGCACACACACACAUAUAUAUGUCUAUACAGUCAAGUGUAUAAAUGUCGUUCCAUGUAGAUACGCGUGCCCGGGAGGGCCACAUUACCUUGCUCGACUGUUUUCCCGGCCGACUGACAUUAGCAUAGCGGAUUAGUGCGUCCGUGGCUUUAAGUCGACACGCAUGGCCUCACGCCGAUAAGACUUUAUUAACGCCGCCUGUAUUUAUCCCAUGCUUCAAGCGGCGACCCCUUUCUGCAUAGCACGUUCUUCCCUUUAUAGAUCGUCGCCGUGUAUGCGAUAUGCUAAUCACUCUCGCUAAGGGCAAUAGCUCCAUGUAUGACACUUAAUGUAUGUUAUUAUCAUUAUCGCUUAUCAUUUCUCUCUCGCGAACGCUUUUCAUAUAAUUAUUUCGCACUGUCCACUCCUCCCUUUCCCCUCCCCCCCUUUGGUACCACGGACAGGUUAAUUCGAGCGAGAGUCGUUUAUUCGCGAUUGUGAUAAAUUGCCGAAUAUUAGUUGCGGGCGGUUGACGAGUGGCCGCCCUUUUCACGCUGGACGCUUAACGUAACGCUAUUCAGCGCAAUAAUCGCCACGCUUAUCCGCUAUUUAUUUAGCGUGAGUAAUCGCUGCCUCGGCGCUGAACAUAUUGAGGCGGCGCGUUGAUUUAUUUACUCUGGCUGGCCGGAAUAUAAGGGCUCUAGGGCGGCGUACUAAGGGCGUACUUUGGUUGGCAUACGAAAGAAAGGGAGGGCUCGCUUCGAAAGUACGAAGGGUGGAUUAUCGAAGUUAAAGUUUCAUCGCUACCGUUGACGUUGCUCCGCAAGCCGCUUAUUUAUCUGGAGCUGCUGUCCGGAUUGUUCAAUUUACACGUUGCGUGAUAUCGUCUGUUUUUAGCACGUUAUUUCAGCCAACAUGAUAAAAUGGGGAAAAAAG